UUUAAUAGAUCGGACGUGGACAUUCUUCGCCGUUGCUGCCUGGAGUUUCGAGCCCAGUUUUUGGAUGUGGCGAAUGUGGAUCCAUUCCAAUACGUGACCAUUGCGUCAGCGUGUAUGGCAACGUAUCGGAGUGGCCACAUUCAGCCCAACACGAUUGCCAUGGUGCCCACACACGGCUACGUCAACUCAACGAAUUACAGCCCUGAUUCGAUCCGGUGGUUGGACUUUGUUGCUGCUUCGGAAGGCAUUGCCAUUCAACAUGCGUUGAACGGUUCCGGAGAGCACAGAAUCGCCGGAAUCUCGGUAGACGGUUUCUGCCAAGCAACACAAACCGUCUAUCAGUUUCAGGGCUGUUUCUUCCAUGGGUGUAGUUCGUGCUAUGACGGGGAUGUCAUUCAUCCGCUAAAAGGGGUUUCCAUGGCAACCUUGAGAGAGAAGACAGAGGACACCACACGAAAGCUUCGAGCCCAGGGUUUCCACGUCAUAGAAAUGUGGGAGCAUGAGUUUCAGAGAGAAAAAGAGGAAAAUCCAGAUCUCCAAGCUUUCCUGGAUCAACACCAUCUGAGGGACCGGCUCAAUCCUUGCGAGUCAUUUUUCGGAGGACGGACCAAUGCCCUCAAAUUGGUCCACGAGGGAGACACUAAAUAUGUGGAUUUCACAUCCCUCUUUUUUAUCAUUUUAAAACCUUUUCAUGGAUGAUGUGUUUGCUGAUUUUUAUGUUGUGUUUUCUGAUUUUUUGUUUUAUCUCACAGGUGAACAAGUACUGCGUCUACCCCGUGGGACAUCCGGAAAUCAUCACGGAAAGCUUCGGGGAUGUAGAAAAUUA